AUGCAGUUCGUGCUCUGCGGCGCUUUCGCACUCGCUGUGCUCCACACAGGGGCUCAAAGCACAACAUCAAGUCUAAUCAACCCCUUGACGCGAUAUUCCAACAACUACACCCUUCCCGUGCUGGAAUUCCCCGGCCUACAGAGUCAGUUCCAGCCGCCCAUCGAUUGUGGUGAGCAUUCGUACCAAGGACACGGACGCCUGCAAGGGCGGCCUGCCCUGAUUACUGGAGGCGAUUCAGGUAUCGGUCGAGCGGUUGCCAUUGCCUACGCGCGGGAGGGAGCCGAUAUUGCAAUCAACUUUCUCCCCGAAGAAGAGUCAGACGCCAAAGCUACUUUCUGUGCUCAUCUCGUCUCCGAAGCCGCGGAAUCGCUUGGAGGGCUGGACAUUCUCGUGAACAACGCAGGAUACAUUCAGAACCACGAAUUCAUAGGCAAUCUCUCUACUGGUCAGUUCGACAGGACCUUCCGGACGAAUGUCUAUGCUGCAUUUUUCCUCACUCGAACCGCUGUUCAUAUACUUCCUCCAGGCUCGAGGAUUCUCUUUACUAGCUCUGAUGCUGGAUGGAGAGCACCGCCUUUCCUUGUUGAUUACGGUGCAACAAAAGCGGCAUUGGCAUCUUUCGUGAAGAGUCUGUCUAGACAACUUGCACCCAAAGGAAUCCGAGUCAAUGCCGUUGCUCCCGGAAUAACUUGGUCUAAUUUCGAUUCCAUCCAAGGCUUUACUACGGAAGACAUGUACAGGCUUUCAGGAGCUGAGCGUUUUCGACGUGCCUCGCAGCCAGUCGAAUUGGCGCCAGUGUAUGUAUCGCUUGCGGAAAGUGUCAACAGCUACACGUCUGGCGCAAUAUGGGCCGCAGACGGGGCUCUUGGAUCAUUCUGA